AUGGCUGUCGUUUCGACACCAAGCAGUGGCUCAGCCACCUGCACCGUCGAGCUGGCGCCCGUCGAGCCGGUCAAGAUCCGCACCUCAAUCGGGAGUCGCCGCGUACAUAAAUCAGAGUCAGUGGGCAGCGGGCUCGACCGCCCUCGAUCAAGCAGACAGAGCGACUUGGCCGCCCAGGAGACGGAGACGCGCUCCCUCCCGUCGCCGACCACGUCCUCGGAUGUGGUGCAGCGGUGGAACUACCCGAAGCACAACAUUGCCAGAACCGCAGUGAUCUUCUGGAGCUUUGUUGUCUUUGGCAUGAACGAUGCAGCCUACGGACUUGAGAGGUACUACAAUCUCAACUACACAGUCGUCUCUCUCAUCUUCCUGUCGCCCUUCCUCGGCUACACCGUCGCCGCCGUCUUCAACAACUGGGUGCACACGAAGUUCGGCCAGCGCGGCGUCGCCCUCGGCAUCGGUAUCUUCCAUCUUGUCUCGUACCUCGUCAUCUCCUUCCACCCGCCCUACGCCGUGCUCGUCGUCGCCUACGCCGUCGUGGGGCUGGGCAACGGGCUCGCCGACGCCGCCUGGAACGCCUGGGCGGGUAACCUGGCCCGCUCAAACGAGCUUCUCGGCUUCGUGCACGGCCUGUACGGCGUCGGCGCCGUCAUCAGCCCUGUGAUUGCUACCAACAUGAUCAAACGGGGCAAUCUCGAGUGGUACUACUUUUAUUACGUCAUGAUUGCAUGUGCGGCUGUCGAGCUCGUCUCUGUCUCGUGGGCCUUCUGGCCCGAGACAGGCAGAGUUUACCGAGAGUCCAUGGCAAGAGGCGGCUCGGAAGGGGGUGAGGAUACACUCAAGCAGGCCUUGUUCAAAGCUCCGUGGGCUCGUGUGACUUGGCUCUGCGCCAUCUUCCUGCUCGGCUACGUGGGCACAGAGGUCUCCCUCGGCGGCUGGAUCGUCGUGUUUAUGAUCAAUGUCCGCAAGGGAGAGGAGUACGCCAGCGGUAUGACUGCUACUGGUUUCUGGCUCGGCCUUGCGGCCGGGCGCUUUGUUCUCGGCUUCGUCACGCCUCGCAUUGGCGAGAAGCUGGCGAUUGCGAUCUACCUCCCCAUCGCCAUGGGAAUGGAGCUGCUCUUCUGGCUGGUGCCCCAGUUCUACGUCUCCGCGGUGGCCGUCUCGCUGCAGGGCUUCUUCAUCGGGCCGCUGUUUCCCGCCGUCGUCGUGGUCAUGACCAAGCUCCUGCCGCGCCAUCUCCACGUCUCUGCCGUCGGGUUCGCGUCUGCUUUCGGCGGCUCGGGCGCUGCCAUUCUGCCCUUCGCCGUCGGCGCCAUCGCCAACCACGCUGGUGUGCAGGCUCUGCAGCCGAUCAUCCUGGCCUUCCUGGCGGCUAUCUUCUUGAUUUGGCUGGGACUGCCGAGAAUGCAGAGCAAGGAUGAUUGA